CAAUUUCAGAGCCAUGAACGACACCAACGGAACCAUUGCGGCCUUGGUCGAGCCAACAGUGUCCAGUCAAACUCAACGAUUUUUUGUUACAUUGGCAAUUUUCACGAUCUCCCUAACCGGUUUAAUCGGUAACCUCUCGGUAUUCAUGUUCGCCACAACUCUAAAAACGCUCCAAAAUUCAUUUGGCAGACUGUCAGCUUCCCAGUCGUUCGCCGAAGCCGUCCUCUGCGGAGUGUUCCUAUUUUUCUACUGCCCGAUGGUUUUACUGGACAUUCCAACGUUCAAACGUGUAUCGGCUCAAGUUGGGCUCAUUCUCCUGUUCUGCUACGAUGUCUGCAUUUUUUCCCAUUUAUUUAUCGCGUUUAAUCGACUUUGCGCAAUUUCGUUUCCUAUUGAGUACAACAGCUUUUUCAACAUGCGAAACACGCGGAUUCUAAUUGCUCUAGCCUACGCGAUCCCGUGCUUCACCUCAAUUUACAUGCAUCUUGCUAAUAACUGCAACCUUCCCUACGUGGAUUUCGGUUGGUACUUUGGGGUGAACACAUCUGCCGAUUGUGACGUCAUCCGGUUCUACGUGGAUUUUUGCAAGGAUUUUGGAGUAGUCGCGCUGAUCGCUAUUGUGGACGUGGGGACUAUUGUGAUGAUCAAGGUUACCGCGCCAGGAAUGAAGCUUUUGUCAGCCAACUGUGCCCAGAGCCAGAAAAAGCGACAGCGGGAGAUCACAUUCGUCAAGCAGGCUCUGAUUCAGGGAGCAGUUUUUGCGACGGAGCUCGUCUUCUUUUUCAUAAUCUCCGGAAUGCAAUCACAGCCGGUGGCUAUUUUCCUGUGCACGACGGUAGCGUGGAGUUUGGUGCAUACUAUUGAUCCGUUGGUCUUGAUUCUUUUGAAUCGCGAGUUUCGAAACAUGCUGAUGAAAAAUCCAUUGACGAAGAGAACCACCCGAGUCACCUACUCGAUCACACAAGCGAUUGAUAACACGAGCUCUCACACACACAAUUGAAAACUAAAUAUAAACAUUUUAUUGAAUCGAAUCGAUUGUAUUGAUAAAACAAAACGUGAUUGUGAUGAUGAUGGUGAUGGUUAAUUCUUAAUUUGCUGAUAAGAAUAAUAAAUGAUAUAGUUUUUGAAU